AUGUCCUCAUCUCCCCCCCACUCGUUCCGGGCCUCGUCUCCAAUUGACGGUGGCCCGGGGCGCCGACGAUCGCGCUUCACCUAUCGCCAUCUCGCCCAGCUGGCAGCGUACAAUGCCUCGUGCCCCCUUAGGGUCAUUGCCCACAUAGAUCUCGACUGCUUCUAUGCCCAGGUGGAGAUGGUCCGUCUUGGCGUGCCCGAAGACCAGCCGCUUGCUGUGCAACAAUGGCAGGGCUUAAUUGCCGUCAAUUACCCCGCUCGUGCCUUCGGCAUUGGUCGGCAUUGCACUGUGACAGAAGCAAAGAAACUUUGCCCAAAGCUAGUCAGCCAGCACGUUGCAACAUUUCGAGAGGGAGACACCAAGUGGGCAUACCGCCCAGAUGCGGCAGCAAACAUCACGACGGACAAAGUCUCGCUCGACCCCUACCGGCUUGAAUCGAGGCGGAUCUUUGCAGUCAUCAAGGACCAGCUCCCCUCACAUCUACAGAAAGUGGAGAAGGCUGGAAUAGAUGAGAUGUUUCUCGACCUGUCGGCGCACAUCCACGCCAUCCUCCUUGAGCGUUUCCCCGAGCUGGCCAGCACGUCCCCUUCCCAUGACCCCGCCGAGCAGCUUCCCAUGCCUUCCAUCUCGGCCCUUGACUGGAAGGCUGACGCCCUGGUCGAUCUCGAUGACGAGCAUGCUGAGCUCGAGGACCCCGAUUGGAAUGACGUGGCAACCCUCAUCGGCUCAGAGAUUGUCCGCAACGUCCGGGAAGCAAUCAGAGAUAAGCUCAGAUACACAUGCUCCGGGGGGAUCGCGAAGAACAAGAUGCUUAGCAAGUUGGGCUCAGCUCACAAGAAGCCCAAUCAGCAGACGGUUGUGCGCAAUCGCGCGGUACGGCACUUCCUGUCGGGCUUUAAGUUUACCAAGAUACGAAACCUAGGCGGCAAGCUGGGCGAGGAGGUAAGCCAAGCAUUCAGCACCGACGCCGUGAGCGACCUCCUCGCCAUCCCUGUCGAACAGCUGAAGCAGAAGCUCGGCGACGACGCGGGAGUCUGGGUCUACAACACCAUCCGGGGCGUCGACCCGAGCGAGGUCAAUUCGCGCACCCAACUCAAGUCGAUGCUCUCCGCCAAAUCCUUCCGCCCGAGCAUCAACACGCUCGACCAGGCAACCAAGUGGCUUAGGAUCUUUGCCGCCGACAUAUUCUCCCGAUUGGUCGAGGAAGGCGUGCUGGAAAACAAGCGGCGCCCUCGCACCAUCAACCUCCACCAUCGUUACGGCGCCCAGACUCGUUCGCGUCAGACGGCUAUACCGCAAGGCCGGCAGCUGGACGACGACGCGCUCUUCGACCUUGCUAAGCAUCUCCUGAGCCAGAUUGCCCUCGAGGGUCGGCUGUGGCCGUGCUCCAACCUCAGCUUGAGCGUCGGCGGAUUCGAAGAAGGCAUUACGGGGAACAUGGGAAUUGGAGCGUUCUUAUUGAAGGGUGACGAGGCACAGGCGCUCAAAACGGGUCAUCGGGCGUCGAUAGCGGAAGAGGCCAGCAGCGGGCUCCACCCGGCAGAGAAGCGACGACGAAUCGAUAAUGGUGGUUGCGGCAGCGGUGGUGAUGGGAGUGGUGGCAUCCAGCGCUUUUUCACGAGGAUGGAUGCAUCUCCAAGCCGCAUCGUCGAGUUGGGCGCCGACGAUAGCGCCGUCAGGAACAAUGGCGGUGAAACGUUGGGCAGCCCAGGAACCGAAGCGGUGUCGAGGGCGGCUGGUGACCCAGAUGAUUCAGCCAUGUCGGAUGAGGUAUAUCGGGACCAAGCCAAUCAGGCUCACAUGUGCUCUCGAUGCAACACCGGCUUCGACAGUUCGGGGGCGCUCCAAAGCCACCAAGACUGGCACUUUGCUAAAGACCUCCAAGACGAAGAACGUGUCAAGCCGGCAUUUGUCAACCAGCCUCCAGCCGCUGCGUCUUCCUCGCGUGCCGGCAGCCAGAAAACCGGAGCCGCUGCACCGUCAAAGCGGCCAGGACGGCCAAAGAAGACUGAGAGAGGCCAGAGCAAGUUGAAAUUUGGCUGA